AUGUCGGACGAUCUCAAGGAGAUUACACAAGAGGAGGUGAAGAAGCACAACAAGAAAGACGAUAUCUGGAUCAUCGUUCAUGGCAAAGUUUAUGAUGUGACCAAAUAUCUUGAGGAUCACCCCGGAGGCGCACCAUCUUUGCAGGAAGUAGCUGGUCAGGACGCGACGGCUGCCUUCGAAGAUGUUGGACAUUCAUCUGAUGCUCGUGAGACGAUGGGACAAUUCAUCGUCGGCAAACUCGAGGGAUACCAGCCAGAUGAAGAUGACUUGGGUGACGACAAGCCAAAGGAGCUGCCCUUGCUGGUCAGAAUUGCCCAAGCCCAUGACGAGAGUUCCGAGUCAUCUUCUACCGAGAGGCUCGCCCGCAGCCUCCUGAAGGGUGUCAUCGGCGGAGGUGGAGCAUUCCUCGCAUACGAGCUUGUUGCCAGAUCGCCCGUUGUCGGGUGGCUUCACUUCCAACAUGGUGGCUUCUGGAGGGGUAUCCUUCUUGCUUUUAUCGCAACCUUCUCCACGUCGGCGACAUUGCUGCUUUAUCUUGGUCGCCACUUCAAGAAGCAGCACACCAUAUCCGACUGGCCAACACACUACAAGCCAAAGACAGUUGCAAAGCCUAUCACCGAAGCUGCUGGUUUCCUCAAGUCCCAAGAAUAUCAGACACUGCCUCUAGUCAAGAAGGACAAGUUGUCUCGAAACACAUACCGCUUUGUGUUCAAGCUUCCCAAGGACGACAUGGUUCUUGGACUCCCUAUUGGUCAGCAUCUGAGUAUCCGUGGCGAGGUCAAUGGCAAGACUGUUUCCAGGUCCUACACUCCGGUCUCGAACAACCACGACAAGGGAGAACUCAGACUGGUCAUCAAGAUGUACCCUGAUGGCCAACUCACAGGUGGUUAUCUCGAGGACCUCAAAGUUGGAGAUGAAGUCGAAUUCCGAGGUCCCAAAGGCGCCAUGAAGUAUGGCCGAGGACUUGCUAAUGAGAUUGGUAUGAUCGCUGGAGGUACUGGAAUCACCCCCAUGUACCAGAUCAUCCGCGCCAUCUGUGAGAACCCUCGAGACAAGACAAAGGUCACUCUCUUGUAUGGAAGUGUGUCCGAGAACGAUAGGCUUCUGUGCAAGGAAUUGGAUGAGUUCGCAGAAAAGUAUCCCGACAACUUUAGAGUCAUCCAUGUGCUCAGUGACCCUAGCGAGGAAUGGAAGGGUGCUAGGGGUUACAUCGACAAAGACUUGGCACAAAAGGAGUUGCCGAAACCGCACAAGAAGACCAAGAUCCUGCUCUGUGGACCUCCACCUUUGGUCAACAGCAUGAAGAAAGCACUUCCAGAGCUCGGAUUCGAGAAGCCAGGCUCUGUUUCAAGAUUGACCGACCAAGUUUUUUGCUUCUAG